UCGGUUUGUUCCGCGGUAUAUAUUUGUGGUGGUGUUUUUUUUCGUUUACUAAUUAUAGCUCCUGAACUUGUUACGCCUCUUAGCAAGCAGAGCAGCUAGCUAGCUGGCUAGCUCGCUAGCGUUUAUUUUCAAGCUAGCUGCGCUGGUUUAGAUAAGUUACACAGAUGGACUUGGUGAUUUUUUUUUGACGCUGGGCUCAAAAUAAAGUAGAUAUCCGUGAAGAUGGAGAGUUUUAAUCGGCGUUUGAUCGAGCAGUUGUCGACUGUUUUUAGUGUAGCCGCACUGCUAACGCUGCCGAGGCUCUUCAGAAAAUAAAGCGUAGGCUCUUGCCAUGUGUUAUCCCGCUAGACUCCUCUGUUUUUCUGCGAGUCGACGAUUAGACUAAAGGGGAUUGUACGUCAGGUGAAAUUGUCCUGAAAUUGAUCUGAACUAAGGCUCGAGUGGACAUUAAAAUAAUAAUGUCCUUUUCUGUGCGGUUUUGUGGGUGUUAGCAUGAGCUGUUUGAAGCUGCUUGCUAACGCUACAGCCACACGCCUAACCAGAUUAAUGUCGCUUAAAAACAAACAAUACGAAUAUUUCACGGAAACUAAAUGUGACUAAAUCUCAAUUCAAAGAAUUUUCCCCUCCUCUUAACCCAUGUUUGCUCUCUUUCUAUCUUUUUUUUUUCCUCUUACAGAUUCAUUACUGAAACGCAAAACGGAGUCUCUGCCACCAGAGAGACGAAAGAGGACAGUGGAAGACUUCAACAAGUUCUGUAGUUUUGUCUUGGCGUAUGCUGGUUAUAUCCCAUCUCCAAAGGAGGAAAGACCAUGGUCUCCAGCCUCCUCCAGUUCACCACACAGCUCUGGCACCUCAGGAGAAGGAGGCAUGGGAGGUGGUGCCAGCUCGAAUAUGUCUGCAAGCUGGGGAGAUGGCAACUCGGACCUACACACCAUUCACACUUUCGUGCAGAAAGCUCGCGCCAACAAAAGUGUCAAGACCAUGCAGCGCCUGCCUUCUGACAGCACCCUACUGGACAAAAUGAGGUUAAAAGACUCUCUCUACAAGGGCCAAGCAAGCAGCAAAGCGGAGCGCAAGAAGGACAAAAAGCUGAAGCGCCUCUCUCUUGGCUCAGGUGCCGGAGACAGCAGCAGUAGCAGCGGGGAAAAGCGUGCCAGAAUCAAGCGCAGCAAAAACUCCAAGCAGCCCAAAAGCCUUAAAAAGCUUAAGAGCUCGGCACUCAGCGAGACAGACUCUGAGACUGGACUCGGCCAUGGAGAGGAGCACGCAGGUCAGCCAAGAGGGCUUCAGUCUCCGAGACCCAGCCUGGUGAAGUCUGAGCGUGAUGAAGCAAGCAGAGAUGCUGAAAUGAGCUCCAGUGAAGGGGAAACGUGGAUAGCAGAUGAGGAUAUCAUGGUGGAGUCAGGAGAUGACUCGUGGGAUCUGAUCACUUGCUACUGCGGGAAACCUUUUGCAGGACGUCCCAUGAUCGAGUGCAACCAGUGCAGCAUAUGGGUGCAUCUGUCCUGCGCCAAAAUCAAGAAGUCCAAUGUCCCGGACAUAUUCUACUGUCACAAAUGCAGGGAAGCGAGGCGAUCAGGCCAUAAAAAAGACAGUUAGAGAAGACGCCUAAAUCCAUGGAAGCGCAACGUUUCCGUCCUCCACUUUUUCUAUCAAGUAUGAGACGAUAACACUGUUUCUGAACUGGGAUGUUCUUUCGAGGCCCAUGGGUUUUUUUUUUUGCGCAUCAGUUCUUCAUAUGUUUGACAAUCAUAUACAAGGUUAAUAUCAAAAUGGGAAUUUCUUCAUGUUUAUAGACAAACUUGUAAACAAGGCUCUUGCUCUCUUCUGCCAGUCCGGUCCAAAUCAUCAGACAGUGUUUUUAGUGCUGGCUUUAUAGAAAAGAUAAAAGAUGGCGACGUAUUCCGAUGUAAAAACCUUUUUACAACAGAGAUCCUUAGCAGCCGAGGUUCGUCUCUUUACAUGAAGAAGUGGUCUGUGUGUAUAGGUUGUUCUUUCUGUUGCUUAUCAUUUUCACAGACAUCCAUAUCGUGAUACUCAAAUUGUGAUUUUUUUUUUGUGAUACUCCAUAUUAACAGAUAGUCUUUAUUAAAUGAUUAGCUCUUUUUUAAUCUCAGUGCAUGUCAGCACCAUGGCAGAUCUGUCAUUAACCUAGCACUUAGCUAUCAACUAUCAACUCGAGGUCAUUCUGUGUGGGGAACAUGAGAUGUUGGACUUGAAAUGGGAACUUUUCAGAUUGGAACAUUUUUCCGUUGGUUGCACUGCUGGCUGUCUUCUUACCGAGUGUAGGCAGUUUCAGAUCGUGCGUUAAUUAUUUUCCUUGGUUUACUUUCGAAGGACAUUUUCAGAGACGAAUGAAUGAUGUUUAAGAGCUUCGCAACUGCCACCCGAGUGUCGAGUCUCACUCAACACCCCUAAUAGUUGUAAUUAUUAUUUGUUCUGUUAUUAUUAUUAUUAUUUUUUUUUUUUUCUUUUUUCUUUUUUAAAAAAAGAGUUUAAUUUGGGUUUUAAUCUCUUGUCGAGGAUCUGGUUAAGAUCACACACCCAGAGAGUUAUUCGUCGUGGAGCUGCUCGCUGAUUUGCUGUUUGAAAGUAGUUUGGAGACCAGAUCUUCACGUGUACAGAAAAGAGUUUAUGCUGCAAGUGUUGUGGCAUGUUUUGUUUAUAAUUUUUUUUGGUUGUUUUUGUUUUGUUUCUUUUUUUUCUUUUUUUUUUUGUGAGGGGUUUUGAAAUUCCCAAAACACAAGACCCUCUUCUCUCCUAUUUUACUCUGUAAAUAUCAUAUCCUUUCAGAACUGUACAUAAUAUGGAAACAAAGAGAAAAGCCAAGCAAAUGUUAUAUUUUUGGCAUCUGAUGUUCUCUUUAACUGUACCUGCAGAAAUAAAGCCUUUUCUUUAUUGGGUAUCCUA